AUGGUCUGCAAGUCUCACAUCAUUAAAUGCCUGGUUGGUGAUCCACACUAUCCACUUCAUGAGUAUCAUCAGAAGGGAGACCUAAUCAUUGGAGCCAUUGCUUCUCAGACCUUCAUCAUCUCUGAAUCAAUAACAUUCAAUGAAGAACCCCCACCAACAUUGUUUGAAGAGCUUGCUGUAGUACCUAAAAAUUACCAGCACAUUCUGGCCUUGGCAUUUGCUGUAAAGGAGAUAAAUGAAAACCCUCAAAUCUUACCUAAUAUCACCUUGGGCUUCCACAUCUACGACAGUUAUUUCACUGCGAAGUGGACCUAUCAUGCCACAAUCUUACUGAUAUACACACUGGGGAGAUUUGUUCCCAACUACAAUUGUGAUUUUGAAAAUAACCUGAUUGCAGUCAUUGGGGGACUUGAUCCUUUAACCUCCCUUUACGUGGCAACCGUUGUGGAUAUUUACAAGUUUCCACAGCUCAUAUAUGGCCCUGCUCCAGUGAUGAAUGAUAAAAUCCCAGGCAUCUCCUUCUACCAGAUGGCUCCCAAGGAGGCCCAUCAGUAUGCAGGAAUCCUCUCUUUGCUUCUGCAUUUCAGGUGGAUGUGGAUUGGGAUUGUCACUUACAAUGAUGAGAAUGGAGAUAGAUUUGUGCAAACAGUGGUUCCUCUCUUUUCACAGAAUGGCAUAUGUUUUGCCUUCAUAGAAAGAAGUGAGAAAUUUUCUGUGGUCAGUGAAAUUAAUGACAUGUUUGAACAGGGGGCAAAGAUGAAUGACAAAAUCAUGAGCAGCAAAGCCAACGUAGCAAUAGUGUAUGGAGAAUCCUAUACUGUUGUGUUUUUGAGAUGGUUGCCAUAUGUAUCUAAACAAGAGCAUAACAUAAAUAAACCAAAAGGUAUAGUGUGGAUAUUGACUGCCCAGCUAGAGCUCACUUCAAUGGUCUAUCAGAGAACCUGGGAUACAGAAAUAAUCCAUGGGUCUCUCUCAUUCACAAUCCACAACAAUAAUCCUCCAGGUUUUCACAAAUUUGUUCUGAGCAGAAACCCAUCCAGCAUAACAGGAGAUGGUUUUAUCAGGGACUUCUGGCAAAAUGCCUUUGGCUGCGUUUUUGUAAAUUCCAUAACAGACAAAGUGAAGGGAAAUGUUUGCACAGGGGAGGAGAACCUGUUGAGCCUUCCUGGGCCUUUCUUUGAAAUUAGCAUGACUGGCCACAGCUACAGCAUCUACAAUGCAGUUUAUGCUGUGGUCCAUGCUUUACAGUCUUUAUCUCAGCUCAAACAUAAUACAAUGGUGGAAAGAGGAAGGCAGAAACUUCAACAUCAACAGCUGUGGCAGCUCCAUCAUUUUCUGAAAGUUGUGUCAUUUAACAAUAGUGCUGGAGAGAGUGUCUCCUUUGACCAGAACGGGGAAUUAGCAGCUGGCUUGGAUAUUACAAACUGGAUUGUUUCCUCAAACCAAUCUUUCCAUAGAGUGAAAGUUGGGAGAUUUGAUCCGCUGGCUCCCCCAGAGCAAGCAUUUACCAUCAGUGAGGAAGCCAUAACUUGGAACAGAGGGUUUAAUCAGACCCAGCCUCUUUCUUUAUGUACUUGGAGUUGUCAUCCUGGUUCUAGCAAAAAAGUGAAGGAGGGAGAGCCUUUUUGCUGCUACGAUUGCAUCCCAUGCCCAAAGGGGAAGAUUUCUGAGAAGGAAGAUAUGAAUGACUGCCAUAAAUGUACUGGUGAAAAUUAUCCAAAUCAAAACCAGGAUCUGUGCAUCCCUAAGAGUAUAAGUUUCUUGUCUUAUGAAGAAUCUUUGGGUCUUAGUUUAGCCUCUUUAGCUCUUUCUUUUUCUGUGAUCACAGCUCUACUGCUAGGAAUAUUCAUGAAUCACCACAACACCCCCAUUGUCAAAGCCAACAACCGGGUUCUCACCUAUGUUCUUCUCAUCUCUCUCCUGCUCUGCUUCCUUUGCACAUUUCUGUUUAUUGGACAACCCCAGAAGGUGACAUGUCUCCUCCGACAAAUUGCUUUUGGCAUCAUCUUCUCAGUGGCUGUUUCUUCUGUGCUGGCAAAAACAAUCACGGUGGUUCUAGCUUUCAUGGCCACCAAACCAGGAUCCAAAAUGAGGAAGUGGGUUGGGAAGAGUCUGGCCAACAUCAUUGUUCUUUCCUGCUCCCUCCUCCAAGCAAUUAUAUGUACUGUAUGGCUUGCAACCUCUCCUCCAUUCCCAGAGGCUGAUAUACACACAAUGUCUGAAGAAAUUAUACUAGAAUGUAAUGAGGGUUCUGUGAUUCUGUUUUAUUGUGUCUUGGGCUACCUAGGGUACCUGUCCUUAGUCAGCUUCACUGUAGCUUUCCUUGCCCGGAAGUUACCAGACAGUUUCAAUGAAGCCAAGUUUAUCACUUUCAGCAUGUUGGUCUUUUGCAGUGUUUGGCUGUCCUUUAUUCCAUCCUACCUGAGUUCCAAGGGUAAACAUAUGGUUGCAGUGGAGAUCUUCUCUAUCUUGGCCUCCAGUGCUGGGUUGCUGGGUUGCAUCUUUGCACCCAAAUGUUACAUUAUUAUACUAAGGCCUGAAUUGAACAGCAAGGAACAUCUAAUAAGAAGAAAGUAUUGA